AUGAACCGCAACUUUAAUGCCUCCUCCCCGCGCUCGAAACCCGUGGUGAGAAUUUCUCUCAAGGAUCAACAGGCAUCCCCAGUCAAUUCAUACACAACUCUUGACAAAAUCGACGGAGAAGUAGAACAAAAUCCGGACCCAAACCAUGUAAAGGGCCUUGGGAACAUUGCUAAGCCCGAUCCAAUAGGCACCUCUAGAACUAUCAUAGAAUCACCUGGGGUUUCAGGACCCGCCAUUGGCCGGUAUUCCGCGUUCCACACGUUUUUGCGCCUUGCGCAGCCAAUUGAUGAAGAACAAUAUCCUCAGUACCGAAUUUUCGAGGCUGGUCGAACAUACACAUUCCCUUUUACUUUUGUUGUCCCUGAGCAAUUACUCCCCAGUUCAUGCAAUCAUAAACACAACCAUCCUCAAGUCCACGCGGCACACACCCUUUUGCCACCAUCACUCGGUGAUCCAACGAUAUCAGGGAACGGCGGCACGAUUUUGGAUGAUAUGGCUCCGCUGAUUACGCAAAUUCAGUAUGCGGUCAGGGCCCAGGUGUUUAAAAAGUGUCCGGCGGAUGAUUCCUUCAAAGUGAUGGUGGACGCCAAAGAGAAAGUUCGUUUCAUUCCGGCCGUGGAUCAGGCUCCUCCGCUGAGCGUUCCGGACGAUAGCGAGGAGUACCAAAUGCGGAAAGAAAAGGACGUGAGGAAGGGCUCCCUUAGGGGCAAGAUAGGCCGAAUUGUUAUGGCUGCAGCUCAACCAAAAGCGAUCCCCGUCCCAGCAUCACCUACUUCAACUCAAUCGGUAGAGGAUGUUCCCAGCACUAUGGUGACAGUCCACCUUCGAUUCGACCCCACAAAUGAGGAGCAACAACCACCUCGCCUUGGUAGGAUAUGGACAAGGCUAAAGGCAAACACAUUCUUCUCGGCGCAGCCUUGGGCCGAUAUCGCCGCUAAGAACUCUUCUCUCAACUGGGCGCUCAACAGAGGCAUCUAUACGCAAACUGUCCCACUCGCAUCGCGCUGCGUCGCCUCCGCAAUGUGGCAGAAGCACACCGGCACCUCAUCCUGUUCCCCCGCAGCAUCCAUUCUCCGCCGCAGGGAUUCCUUCCAAUCCACAAGCUCAGUCGAGUCCCUGACAGGCCCCAGCGCUGGGUAUGCCGGGGAGACCUUCUACACGGCCUCCAUCCUGGUGCCCACCAGCCUGUCGUUAACCCGCGCGUACCUCCCGACCUUCCACUCAUGUCUGUCGUCGCGCACCUACGCGCUCGAAAUCUCACUCUCCUACCACACACCCAACGCGAACCUGACUGCUCCCACGCUGGCUCUGCUGUUGCCCGUCCAGAUAUCCACCACGGAGAGUCUCGCAGAAGCUUCUGCGGCGCGUGGUGACCCGGAGCGGGCUGGAAACUCCUAUGAUGAGUUUUUCACGCCGCGAAGCAUUGCACCCCCACAGGCGGAAUUCACUGAGCGCUCGUCGACAUUGUCGAUGGGGCCCCGGCAGGGACGAAGUGAUACAUUGGUAUCGACAACAUCAGCUACCAGCACCAUGAGUCCCCCAGAAUAUUCGCCUGUUUCGUCGCCAUGUGCGAGGCGAACGGGAGUCAUGACUGCUUGUUGA